UAUAGUUUUUAUUUAAUAUUAUGAAGAAAAUAAUGACUUAUUUUGUAGUAGAAAAAUGAACCUGAAAACAAUAGGGCUUAUUUUUACAAAAAGCAGAAGUUUUGCUCAACUAUCGAAGACGUUUCAAAGACCUUAUGGAAGGGUACAAAUAAAAGAAAACAAAGCAUCAUUCGUCAGACCUUUAUCUUCUAAUGCAGACAACGCGACAUUAAAAAAAGGAUGGUUGGAGUGGAAGGUAAUUAUGACAAAAUUUGUCCCUGUUGGCCUGUGCCUCAUUGCAGUAAUGCAAUGGAGAUUCUAUAGGAAACAAAUAAGUGAUCGAACUGCAAGCCAUUGGGAAGUUAAAUUUUAUUGUGCUUUACCACUACGAGCAGUCAGUAGAUGGUGGGGGUGGUUAGCAGAUAAACAUAUUCCUGAAUCUUUACGACCACUUGUUUAUAAUCUCUACAUUAAAACAUUUGGGGUGGAUUUGAGUGAGGCUGCCAAUCAAGACUUAGGGUCUUACAGGAGUUUAGCGGACUUCUUUUCUCGGCCACUGAAGGAAGGCGUUCGUGAGAUUAACCAGGAGUGUCCUUUGGUCAGUCCUUGUGAUGGAACUGUUCUCCAUUUUGGCCCUAUUGAAACAGGACAUGUGGAACAGGUGAAAGGUGUUACUUACUCUCUGGAAAAUUUCUUAGGGGAAAACACUUGGAAUAAUAAUCGAAAUCAUAACGAAGAUUGUGAUUAUAGAAAAUCCUUGUUCCAUAAACCCCAUUUGCCAAACAACUUAUACCAUUGUGUUAUUUAUUUAGCACCUGGAGAUUAUCACAGGUUCCACUCACCAGUGGAUUGGCAGCCAAACCACAGACGUCAUUUUUGUGGUCAAUUGCUGUCAGUGAACCCGAGUAUAGCAAGGUGGUUGCCAGGAUUAUUCUGUAUAAAUGAAAGGGCUGUGUAUUUGGGACACUGGGAACAUGGAUUCUUUUCCAUGGCAGCUGUUGGUGCUACAAAUGUUGGAAGUGUUAGGGUCUAUUUCGACAAGACUUUGCAAACGAAUAGGCCAAAAUAUAGACAACCUUUUAUCAAUAAAGAUGACAAAUGUUUGGGUACUUCUAUUAAUCUCAAUAAGGGCGAUUUGGUAGGGGAGUUUCGGAUGGGCUCGACGAUUGUACUAGUUUUUGAAGCCCCUGACUCUUUUGAAUUUAAACUGACGCCGUUCCAACGUGUCAGAGUUGGAGAAGGAAUUGGUUGUAUAAAUAAAACUAAAUACGUGGACAGGUUGUCGAAGACGCACACGAAUACUAUCACUAUUGCUACGUGAUUGUGAUUGUAAUAGUAGUUAGACGAAUUGUAUUUUUCUAUUGUGAUUUGUAUAUGUAUAUAAAGUGUCCAUUUAUAAACAAA